CAUCAUCAUCAUCAUCAUCAUCUCAGCGAGGAAAGAGCAGCAGCACAACAGGACGGCGGCGUUUGAACGACCCCCUUUCUUUGGAGAACAUGUGGUGUAAAGCGAUGUCACAACGGAGUGGCCCCCAGCUUCUUCUCCUCUUAGCUCUCUUCAGUGUGUUCUACUCCAGGACUCUAAGUCUGCCAUACACAUCCAUGAGACCAACGAGACACGCAGACGGUCUUUUCACCAGCGGCUACAGCAAACUCCUGGGCCAGCUCUCGGCAAGGAGAUACCUGGAGUCUCUGAUUGGGAAACGAGUCAGUGACGAGCUGAUGGACGAGCCGGUGAAGCGCCACUCGGACGCCAUCUUCACAGACAACUACAGCCGCUUCCGCAAACAGAUGGCCGUCAAGAAGUACCUGAACUCGGUCCUGACGGGGAAGCGGAGCCUAGAAAAUCCCGGAACGAUGGACCAGGAAGAGACCAGGGACGACCCCGACACGUUCCAGGAGAGCUACGACGACAUCAACGUCGAUCACCUGCUAAACAACUUCCAGCUGCCGCUUUGAGGAGAGGUCCGAUCCGGCGCCAUCGUGGUGAAACCAUCCGUUCCAGCAGCAACACAGCAUUCACCCAAAGAUCCAACUAAGCAAGGCGUGCUUCUAAACUACAGUAGUUGUUUACACUUCUUAUCUCCAAUUGAUGACUGCACAUGCACACGUAUAAAGGUGGAAAACACAGACUAAUUUGGCUUUUCUUGCGGCGUCACUUUUCCCCAAGCAUCGAUUAGAACUUGCUUUUAAUUCAUCCUUUGGGAAUAACAUGUUGAUUAAAUUAUUAAAAGUUCAUCUGUAGAAUCCAAGUACAGACAAUAAAUUCGACGUCGGCAAACCAAACUGUUUCUGAGAAUCCCAGCCAGACGGAUGGACGGACAAAAGAGGAGAAGCUUUUCAAUGGACCCGGAUGCAUUUACUCACUUUAUACUACUCCACUUGUAGAGCAAACUAAGUCCUAACUGUGCAUGGAGCUGCCUUUAGUGCAUAAUAGUGACGAUGUACGUACCACUCACCAA